AGAGAAAACGAAACUGACCUGUUGUCGAUCCGAGCACUGUGUGUAUUUCUCUUUCUUUGUUUAGAUACAGUAAAAUGGCAGACGCCAGUGUUUCUUUGGCUCAGGAUCAGUUCAGCUGUUCAAUCUGUCUGGAUCUACUGAAGAAUCCAGUGACCAUUAACUGUGGACACAGUUACUGUAUGAACUGUAUUACAGACUACUGGGAUCAGGAUGAUCAGAACUACAUAUGCCCUCAGUGCAGACAGACCUUCACUCCAAGACCGGUUUUAGGUAAAAACACCAUGCUGGCUGAAGUGGUGGAGACACUGAAGAAGACUAAACUACAAGCUGAUCACUGUUUUGCUGAACCUGGAGAUGUGGAGUGUGACGUCUGUACUGAGAGAAAACACAAAGCUGUCAAGUCCUGUCUGGUGUGUCUGAACUCUUACUGUCAAAAUCAUCUUGAACAACAUGAGAAAUUCUUCAAAGGGAAGAAGCACAACCUGAUAGACGCCACUGGACGACUACAGCAGAUGAUCUGCCCUCAACAUGAUAAAGCCCUUGAGAUUUACUGUCGUACUGAUCAGCUCUGUAUAUGUUAUCUGUGUAUGGUGGAUGAACACAAUAACCAUGAGACUGUAUCAGCUGCAACAGAGAGGACUGAGAAACAGAAACAACUGAAGAAAACACAAAGAAAAGUGAAACAGAGAAUCCAGGAGAGCCAGAAGAAGCUUCAGGAGCUGAGAGAUGCCGUGAAGACUCAUAAGCGCUCUGCACAGACAGCAGUGGACGACACUGAGAGGAUCUUUACUCAACUGAUCCGAUCCAUUGAGAGAAGACGAUCUGAGGUGACACAGCUGAUCAGAGAUCAGGAAAAGACUGCAGUGAGUCGAGCUGAAGGACUCUUGAAGCGACUGGAGCAGGAGAUUGAUGAUCUGAGGAGGAGAGACGCUGAGCUGGAGCAGCUUUCACACACAGAUGAUCACAUCCAUUUCCUCCAGGGUUUUCAGUCUCUCUCUGUUCCUCUUGGCUCUUCAGAUUCACUCAGCAUCACUGUCAGUUCUCUCAUCUCUUAUGAUGAUGUAGGAAAAUCUGUGUCUCAUCUGAGAGAGAAACUGGAGGAUUUCUGCAAAGAGGAAAUAGAAAAAAUACCUUAUCGAGUGAAACAGACAGAGAUUAUUCCCAGCCAUGAGCCCAGGACCAAGGAGAAGGUCCUUCAAUAUUCCCAUCAGCUGACACUGGAUUCAAACACAGCACAUGAACAUCUCUGUCUGUCUGAGGGGAACAGAGUGAUUACUUACACUUACACAGACCAGUUGUAUCCGGAUCAUCCAGACAGAUUUGAAGAUUGUUUUCAGGUUUUAUGUAGAGAAAGUGUUUUUGGAGACUGUUAUUGGGAGGUUGAGUGGAGUAACUGGGUUGGUAUAUCAGUGUCAUAUAAGAGCAUCCGCAGGAAAGGAGCAGGUCAGGAGUGUUGUUUUGGAUAUAAUGAUCAGUCCUGGUGUUUGUACUGCUCUGACUUUAGUUGCUCAUUUUGGCACAAUAACAAAAAGUCAGACUUCCCCAUAGUCCCCAGAUCUUCUAGAAUAGGAGUGUAUGUGGAUCACAGUGCAGGAUCUCUGUCCUUCUACAGCGUCUCUGACACAAUGACCCUCAUCCACAGAGUCAACAACACAUUCACUAAACCUCUCUAUCCUGGGUUUUACAUUUAUGGAUCAAGCUCAAGAGUAAAAUUGUGUGCUGUAACCAAAUAAUUGGCACAUAUAUUCUACCAACAA